AUGUCCAAAUCCGACCCACCAGAGGGCGGCGCCCCCGCCGCAACCACACCGACAGCCGACAGCGUGCUGGCGGCCAUCAACCCGCCGACACGCAAGCGCCUGCUCGUGGCCCUGUGCUUUCCGCUCUUCGUGCUCCUCGCCGCGCCGUACUGGUGGUGGGCGACGGCGAUCGAGCGGCUCCCGUUGCCGGCGGAGCGCAUCGCAGCGCUUGAACUGACCCCCACCCCCGACAUCACAACCCGCAUCCUCUUCACGGCCGGCGGCGGCGCGUUCCCCACCCCGCCUGAAGGACGCGCCAACUUCCCCCUCCGCACCAAGCUCCAGGUGCUCGGGCAGGAAGUAACCAAGGGCGUGGACGGCAUCCUCGCGCAGAAGAAGCCCGCCGAGCGCGGACAGCGGCGCUGGGAGCUCGUGUAUGACGGCGACGCGGCGCUGCGCGUGCACAUCGCCGUGUCGAGCGCCGCCAACGCCAGCUUCCCGCUCGAGCCGUACGUCUCGACUGCGGGCUCGGACAGCCUGCCGGACGGGACGCUCGUCGUGCCUGUCCACCCGGGCCAAGUGUCCGACCUCAACCUGAAGCGCCACUACAAGAUCGCACUGAUCAACGGCAUACACAACCUCCUGCCCCCGCACCUGCCUGGCAUUCCCGUCCGCGCGCUAGCCUACAGGCCGAACAUCACGCUCAGCUUUGUGCUCGUCAACGAGGAUGCCGCGGACGGGAGCUACGUGAGCGGGUGGGAUGUGGAGGGGGCGUUGCGGGACCACUUCCUCCCCCAGAUCACGCCCCUCGCCCCCGUGUUCAACUUCUCCAUCGAGAGCCAGGUGCUCUACCACGCCCCGCUGACAUUCGAGCCUGAUCACGCCGAGGGCGACGGCUGGCGGAUCAACGACGAGCAGCUCAAGAUCUUCGUCUCGGAGCGCUGGAGCCUGGACUCGGGCAGCACCAACAACCCCGUCCUCCGCUUCCUCAUCUUCGUACCCUCUGCCACGCACCGCCCGCUGCACCUCGGCGCCGAGAACGGCGACGCCUUCCUCAUCCCGCAGUUCGGCUCGGCCGUGCUCCUCAACCCGCCCGACGGCGAGGCCAAGGCGUACCGCCUGACGCUCGACGCGCUGGACGCGCCGUUCGCCCAGUUCGUCGAGCACUUUUACCAGCUGCUCUCGAUCCCCGCGCGGCCGUCACAGGUGCACGUUGCGCCCGGCGACGACGACGCGGGGCGCGGGCUCGCGAGCCCCCUCUCGCCGUGGCAGCUCGACACGGUCCUCCGCACGCGCCUGGCAGAAAACACGGCCGAGGCGAAGAAGACGCUCGCGAGCAUGGUCCGCCUCAUCGCCAAAAUCGAGGAGAUGAAGGUCGGCGCCGGGGUGCGCGACAAGAUCCUCGGCGCGGUCAGCAAGCUCGAGGGCCUGCCGGCCACCGCGCGCGCAAACUCGCCCCGCGCAGCGUUCGUGCUAUCACGCGACGCGGUCGCGCUUGCCAACGAGGCCUUCUUCGACCCGUCCAUGAUGGGCCUGCUCUACUUCCCCGAUCAGCACAAAUUCGCAGUAUACACGCCCUUGUUCGCACCCAUCUGUGUGACCAUGAUCGCCGGUCUCCUCCGCGAACUUCGGGCCUGGAUCAAGCGUCGCAAGGCCCGCAAGGCAGCGGCAGCGGCCCCCGCGGCGGGUAAGUCGUCAACGGCCACGUCAACGGCGACGCCAGCACCGAACAGUGCCAGGCAACGCACUGUUGCUGCCACCGCCGAGGAGUAG